CUCUUGCCCACCAUCUAGGCGAUAAAAGAGCGGCGGUUUUGCACACAAGCAAGCAGGAUCAAUCGAAGCAAUAGAAGAAGCAAUGCAAGAACGCCGGAGCACCGCCGCCGUGGCGCGCGCGCCGCCUGCCACGCUCUCCCUGCUGGCCGCCGCGGUCCUCCUCCUGGCCACCGCCGCGGCGCCGUGCCGCGCGCAGGCGGCGACGGUGAUGAGCAUCGAGGAGGCGUGCCAGAAGGCGGCGAGCGCGAGCGCGGGCGUGAGCUACGAGCACUGCGUGUCGUCGCUGGCGUCGGACGCCCGGAGCCGCGACGCCGCGGACCUGCACAACCUGGCGGUUCUGGCGGCGCGGAUGGCCGUGGACCACGCGGCGACGACGGGGGCGAGGAUGGAGGACCUGAACGAGGUGGAGGAGUCGCCGCACGCGCGCGCGCGGCUGCACCACUGCCGGGAGCUCUACGACGCCGCCGCCGACGUGCUGCGCGACGCGCUGGACAACCUCCGCGCGCGCAUCUACGGCAAGGCCUCGCAGCAGCUGGCCGCGGCGCUGGGCGCCUCCGAGAGCUGCGAGGACGUGUGGAAGGGCGAGGAGCGCGUCCCCGUCGCCACCCACGACAGGGAGUACGGCCGCAUGGCGAUGGUCGCACUCGGCCUCACCAGCGGCAUCGUCGCCUGAUCGCCAUUGUCGAUUCGAUCAUGAACACAGCACGAACGCCAUUGCCGCCAUGGCUUGCUGCGGCCAAGCCAUCAGAAGUCUAGCUCGGAGUCCUCUCCUCUCCAACAUUAAUUAAUUAAUUACAUAUGUGAUCGAUCUUGUAUGCCUAGUAUUUGUUUGGCUGUUGCUAAUCUUUAUUUCCCCCCUUCUUUUCACUUCUUUUUGGUUUUGAUAUGCAUGCAUUUGGAGGUGUAUGUUAGCUAUAGGGCAAAGAAAGGGAUGGGAAGAAAGAGACAGAUGGAGGCCAUGCAUGACACUGCUGCCACUCGUACAUGUUGAAUAGCCU